GAAGUUUUCUCUAUGCUAGAGAAGAUUUCACCUGUACCGCCUCUUGUCUUAUACCUCUUGAGUAUUGACUUUAAUAUUGAGAAACAGAGUACGCCAUGCUAAGGUUCGUUAUAUCGGAAAAUUCCGUUGCAGCAGAAUGUCACAGUGCCACGUAGUCAACCGGAUUCAUCAAGCAAUCCGGCCAUAGAAAGGGAUAGAUACAUCCGUUGGACAAUCGGAUUAAACAUCAGAUUGAACGUCGCGUUGAAUCAAAUCAAUCAAUCGGACGGUCGAAUAUGAAUUCAGUAGGAGGGUGACUACUUAAUUGUUCCUUAGCGGUGUGUUAGUAUAGUGACCAACUGGUAGUGCGUUUAGCGGUGUGCUUUAGACGAGAAAGAAACGAACCAACUCGUAGACUCGUAGUGCGUCGUACUUCGGUAUUCUUUCCGGCACUGUUUCUUCUUUUCUGGGAUUGUUGUCCGUCACGCUCUCCGAUGAGCAGGAUAUGAUUGAUGGUAGCGUGUGUGAGGUAGGAUACUAGGACUGGCUGGAUCUGAUCGCUUGUUUCGAUCUGCGAAGGAGUGAGGGAGUCGUUGGAGGAGGUUUAGUCAGUACAAUGCCUAUUUUCUACUAUUUUCCUGUUUUUGACUUUAGCCAAUAUUAGUCUGCCAGGCACUAGUAGCUUUAUUGGUGAGUUUUUUAUUUUAGUAGGCGCUUUUCAAGUUGCGCCCAACGUGGCAACAUUAGCAGCCAUUGGAAUGAUUUUAGGAGCAGCUUAUUCCAUUUGGCUCUCGUGUUGUGUUUGGAAAUUUCAAGCCGUAUUUCAUUCAUAAGUUCUCCGAUUAUCCUAGAGCAGAUGUUUGAAGGCGAUAUUGGAAGGCUGGAAUCUCCACGCUGCGUCUCUGCUUACAAGAUGGAUGUGUGAAUGCGAUUUCUCAUCGGUUUGGCGCCAGCUGUUUGCGCAGCGUGUCCUGAUCGCGGAUAAUCUUCCCGCUACGUCUGUCUAUUCGUUGUCUUUUUGGCUUUUGUGCUGUGUCCGUUCGCUUUAAGCCGCUUCUCCUUUUGAGCGUCCUUCAUCCUGCUCUAUCUGAUAUGAAGGACGGUAUACUCUCGAUGUACAGCCGUAGUUUCUGGCACCCGACCGCCACCGCGAUGCUCUCUGCGACGUCCCGGCGUGAGAGAGAAGUUCACACAGCUGCUGCUGAUGAUGAUGAGGCGACGAAGACAGUUCAAUGCCGCUCGGUAUGAUGAAGAACUUCAGUAACAGGGGCCUAUUUCGAUCUUCAUUAUUGGCGCUGGAGGUCGAAAACUUUUCCAUCCAUCUCGACCUUCAGAAUAUCGUCUUCUUGUUAUGAUCUAUCGUUCCUGUCGAUGCUGCUUGAAGAGUAGUGCAUGGAUAUUGUCGAGGGAUGAGUCGCUGACUUUGUCAUCGAUAUCGCAGCCCUCAGGAAAGGCAGACAGCGCGAUUGAGGAGAAUCUGAUCGAGAUGUGGAAGAAAAGUGAGGGUGCCGAUGAUGAACAAGGAGAGCGGAGGAACCUCCGGAAGACGGGACUGUUCCCGUUCUUCAGGAAGAGUAGUAGGGGAUGGGAACUUGUCCACCCAUCUCGACCUUAAGGAAUAUCGGGCAAUUGACAAUUCCACACGGCUCCAUUGAGAUGGUCGGGGUAAUUUCUCAGGAGGGAGUCACUUGAGGGGGUGGUAAGAGCCGCCUCCUCAAGUGGUCUCUCAUAUAUGACGGCUCUAACUAUUGGUGGGAAGCUGCACCUGCUGAAAAACGGGUCAUGCGUCCCAGAUAGUACAAUUCAAAGCUGAGGUUGUUGUCCUGUAGGCUGGACUUCGCGCUGCUGAAGGGCCAGUGUUUCCGAUGUCCCGUCUGUCUCUCUCUGUUUCUACCCUUUUUCCUUUUCCAGCGGCCCAGAAAAUACACAGUACAAAUCUGAGGGAGUCGACUUUUGACGAAACUGGUAUGACAUUGAUCGACGCACCGGGCGGGGUGGAUUGCUUUUCCGAAGGAGAUGCUGGGCUCGGUUUCCAGCACAUUCGAUCUCAGGAUCCGCAGACGUUUGUAUGGUGAAGAUGAGAAGGUGGAUAUGUACGAGCUUUGUUUUA